UGCUCCCUCUUUCUGUUGAAUGCCGUGAAGUCAUAUAUUUCAGACAAGGGUGUUCUCUAUUUAUGUUGGCUGUCCUCUACAGUGCUCUUUGCACUGUGUUGUAGCAGAAGAAGAAGAAGAAGAGCAGGAAGACACUCUGAGCCCACCUGUGUUCACCUGAAACAACUAGUACUACUACUACUACCACCACACAAAGAUCGCCAUGGCAAACAGAGGUCCUGCCUACGGCCUGAGCCGCGAGGUCCAGAGCAAGAUUGAUAAGAAAUACGACGCGGAAUUGGAGGAAAGGUUGGUGGACUGGAUCGUCGCCCAGUGUGGCCCUGGAGUUGGCCGGCCCCAGCCAGAUAAGACUGGCUUCCAAAUCUGGCUCAAGGAUGGAUGUGUGCUCUGCGAGCUCAUCAACAGCCUGCAUGGAGCCAACAAGCCGAUCAAGUCCAUCAAGUCCUCUGGCAUGGCCUUCAAGCAGAUGGAGCAAAUCUCCAUGUUCCUCAAAGCUGCCGAAAACUAUGGAGUCACCAAAACGGACAUGUUCCAGACCGUAGACCUUUUUGAAAGCAAAGACCUGGCUGCUGUCCAGAGGACCCUGAUGGCCCUGGGUAGUUUGGCUGUCACAAAGGGUGAUGGGCAUUACAAAGGAGACCCCAGCUGGUUCCAUAAAAAGUCCCAGGAGAACAGGAGAGACUUCUCAGACGAGCAGCUGAGCGAAGGCAAAAAUGUCAUUGGCCUGCAAAUGGGUACGAACAAAGGAGCAUCUCAAGCCGGCAUGACAGGCUACGGACGACCCAGGCAGAUCAUUAACAACAACCCCUGAACACGAGCAGCGGCUCUGGAUCGCCAGUCAGCCAGGACGGACGAACUCUGACUCUUACCUUGGCCACGAGGAAAAAACUUGACUUGACUGUUUUCAAGGCUAAACUGGACCAACGUAGGGACCAACAAGAACAUAUGCACAUAUGCUACACACACUUCACGUUGAGCAAACACACAUAAUAAACAGAGACAGAACAAGUACAGUUGAUUGCCAUCUUAUCUUAUGAACGUCCAACGUUUCCAAAUCAGUUUCAGAUCAGAGAGAAACGAGCUUGUGCAGACUUGUAUGAGAGAAAUAACACGUUUCGACUUUUGCGUUCCUUAUUUUUAUCCUCCCUUUUCUAAUAUCGACAUCAUUGCAUCACAGCCAUGUCAACCAGGUCGAUUCAACUUUUCAAAACUCUUCCAGCUGGUGCAUUCAAGGACACUCUGGUUUAUGGGAUCUGAUGGAUGAAAGCUCCAUGCACAUUAUUUGUUUUACACAGUGUUCUUGUCUACCAAAGAUGCCCUUCUUAGAACACAGCGAUCAAUUCUUGGAUGUCAGGGUGUCCUUGAAUGCGCCACCAAGGAUAGUUUAUAAAAGUGCUCCCUGCCGCAACUGCAGUGGAACACAGCAGUAAUGCAACUCUAACCAAAAGGAAUGAUAUUGAUCAAAUUAUUCAGUGUGACAGAUUACCUAUGAAGCAUACAAAUACAACACCUUUGAUGAUUUAUUGUGCUCUUGUAUGAAUCUGACUAGAGAGUAGCAGCUUGGAAGGUGAAACAUUUAGUAUAAUUUGAGGUUAAUAGUAUAAAGCAAGCAUUUAUAAGUAAAGUAAAGUGUGUAUCAGUUUUUUAAAAAAAAGAAACUGCUUGGUUUUAAAAAAUAAAAUACAGUUGUGUGUGUUAAACCUGCUCAGUAAUACCAUCUAUUAGUUGUAAGUCAGCUAACCUCUCAUCAAAAUGUUGGAUUACUUAUAUUUUAGAAUUUGAUAGCUCCUGAAUAAUCACAGCAAUUUGGAAAUAAAGUUCAAUUUGACUUUAAA